AUGACUGAAGCCAAACAAGAUUUAAUCGAAUUAUCAUCAAAUCCUUUAGAUGUAUGGAUAAAUACACAUUAUGAUGAAUUGUGUGCAGGUAUGACGUGUGAAAAUGCUCUAUUCUGCAAACCAUCAGACAUGAAAGACAAGAAUUUUCAAAUGAGUAUUAAGGAUAAAUGUGAUAGGAAACAUAGAAGAAUAGACGGUAAACAAACAUGGUGUUAUGUUUUGAAAGAAGAAAUGAAAGGAUUAUAUAAACAAGUUGAACCAAACGAUGAUGAGGAUUCAUUUACUGACGAUGAAAUACCUGUAAAUGAAGCUUUAUAA